AUGAUUAAGCCUCUAGUCAUACUUGUGGUAGUGUUAUUUAAUGGAAUCGUGUGUCCUCCUCCAUUGAGGCAGCAAGCUCAGCAGGCUCAGGCACAAGAUAACGCUCAACAACAUAAUCAAGAAGCUACGGGACAGCAACAAGGAGAAGCUGCACAAAAUACGGAACAGCAGGGAGAGUAUGACGGUCGUCAUCCAGGGUACCAAUUCGCCUACACAAAGUAUCUAGAAGAAGUUGUCAAAAUUCUGGAGAGCGACCCAAAGUUUAACGAGCGGCUGAAGAACAUGAAGGAGGAUGAUAUCAAGGCUGGAAACAUUGCUGAUCAUAUCGAUGAUCUCCCGCAAGAAGUGUUUGACAAGCUGCACAAAGCCAAAUUCGAUGAAAUUGAGAGGCUUCGGAAACAAAUUGAAGAGCAAAUUAAGUUAGAUGGAGGUGCUCACAACAUCAAGAUGCCAGACCAUCUUGACGUGCAAGAGCUCGAGAAGUUCCACAAGGAGGACUUGAGAAAGCUCAUCCAGAAGACAGUUGCAGACAUGAAUGCAAUGGAUGAUCAAAGAAAAGAAGAUUUCAAGCAAUAUGAGAUGAAGAAACAAGCGGAAGAAGACCACAAAUUGGCGCAAAUGACUCCAGAAGAGCGUGAGAAAGCGAAAUUGGAACAUGAAGAGUCUAUCAAGCGUCACAAUGACCACGAGAAACUGAAGCACCCAGGAAGCAAGGAUCAACUUCAAGAAGUUUGGGAGGAGAGUGACCAUCUAGAAAAAGACCAAUAUGACCCAAAAACUUUCUUUGCACUUCACGAUUUGAAUGGAGACGGAUUCUGGAAUGAUUUUGAGCUCGAGUCCCUUUUCCAACUUGAGCUGGAAAAGAUGUACAAUGAAACUAACCCAGAUGAUGACAUGAAGGAGAGAGCCGAGGAGAUGUACAGAAUGAGAGAGCACGUGAUGAAGCAAAUUGAUGUCAACCAGGACCGUAUGAUUUCAAUGGAAGAAUUUUUAAAUGAUGCUGACAAUCAAAACUCCAAUCCACCCAAGCAACAAGAGGCAUGGGAGGAUCUUGGACAAAAGAAGGUGUAUACUGAUGAGGAACUCCAACAGUUCGAAGCGCAAUAUGCUAAACAACAAGGAUGGGGAGAACAUGCGUAUGACCCACAACAAGUUGCUUCAGACCAAAUUCAUCAGCAGCCAGCUCAACAACAACCACAGGCACAGCAACAAGUCCAUCCUGCCCAACAACAACCAAUUCAACCGGUUAACAACCACGCUCCGCCACCUGUUAUGAAUGCGCAACCACAUGUGCAACAGCAGCAACCUCCACAGCAGCCACCACAGCAGCCACCACAGCAGCCACCACAACAGAAUUUGCCACCGGUACAUCACGAGCCUAUCCAAGACCACACAAAAGACCCGACAUACGGAAUCUAA